AUGGGAUUUGGGGCAAAUGCGUGGGAGCGUUUAUUUCCCGAUCAGGCUAAACCACAAGAAUUAGAACAGUUUAAAGAAAUUAAAGGGCCAAAAUAUACGGCGGUUUCAACAGAAGGUGAUUUGUUUUUCCAUAUUCGUGCUGAUCGUCAAGCGUUGUGUUUUGAAAUGGCAGAUAUGAUCAAUACGCAAUUAAAAGCCAAAACCCAGAGCCUGAAAUUGCAGCUGAAUAUGCACUGGUGGGUGAUGAAGAUCCAGACUUUAAAGGUGGCAGUUAUGCAUUUAUUCAAAAAUAUAUGCAUGAUAUGGACAAGUGGCGUGCGCUCAGUGAUGAAGAACAAGAAAAAGUCAUCGGACGUAAAAAGUUUAGUCACCUUAAAUAUUGAUGAACAAGACUAUGAGUUCCUGCAAUUAAACUAUGCAGAUGAUGCAAAAGUGUAUGUUCCUGUCACUAAUUUACAUCUGAUUAGCCGUUUUAGUGGCGGUGAUCCUGAUUUAGCACCUUUACAUAAAUUGGGUACAGAUGCAUGGAAUAAAGCAAAACGUAAAGCGCUUGAACAGAUUCAUGAUGUGGCAGCUGAAUUACUACAUAUCCAAGCACGUCGUCAGUCUAAACCCGGGAUUAGCUUUGAGCUGGAUCAAAGUGCAUAUAUGCAAUUUUCCAGUGGUUUUGCUUAUGAGGAAACACUGGAUCAGGCCAAUGCCAUCGAAGCGACUCUAUACGAUAUGCAACAAGCCAAACCAAUGGAUCGACUGGUUUGUGGUGAUGUUGGCUUUGGUAAAACGGAAGUGGCAAUGCGCGCGGCAUUCGUUGCUGUUCAAAAUAAUAGGCAAGUGGCUGUCUUAGUGCCUACCACCUUAUUGGCGCAACAACAUUUUGAAUCAUUUAAAGAUCGCUUUGCCGAUUGGCCAAUUCGUAUAGAGGUACUUUCGCGUUUUGGAACCAAUAAAAGUCACACCAAAACCAUUGAUGAUUUAAUCGAUGGCCUUAAAGGUGAUGCAGAAAAACGUUUAGAUGCCAUUCAGAGAGCUUCAAAUCUUGGCGCUGGUUUUAUGCUGGCUACGGAAGACUUAGAGAUCCGUGGGGCUGGUGAAUUACUGGGUGAACAACAAAGCGGUUCAAUGAAUGCAAUUGGUUAUAGCCUAUAUAUGGAAAUGUUGGCCAAAGCGACCAAAGCAAUUCAACAGGGCAAGACACCUAAUUUUGAUACACCACUUUCACUUACCUCUGAAAUUACCCUGCAUAUGCCCGCUUUGAUUCCCGAUGAAUAUUUGGGCGAUGUACAUCAGCGUCUUAUGUUCUAUAAACGUAUUAGUAAUACCGAUACUCAGGAUAAACUUGACAAUAUCCGUAUGGAGUUGAUCGAUCGCUUUGGUGUACCACCAUUGCCGGUAAAACAACUGUUUAGUGUUCAUCAAAUUCGGGUUAAGGCUGAAGCCUUAGAAAUUACCAAAAUUGAUAUUGGGGCCAAUGGUGGGGUGAUCGAAUUUUCACCUGAUACACCUGUGCAAGCGAUCAGUAUUAUUCAGCUCAUGCAGAAGCAUCCAACUUGGUUCCGUAUGGAAGUUCCUUAUAGCAAUGAAGUAUUAGCACACAUGCGUCAAACACUGAUGUUGGCGUUACGUGGUCAAGGUGAGAUGCCAUUCGAUUGGCGUAUGGAUUAA